CCAGCGCUACCAUUGGCUUGGCCCCGCGGGGGUGCUGCGCUCUGCGCAGGGUGUAUCGAAGGGAGCUUUUAAGUAAGGAAAACGAAAGUCGAUGAGGACACAGCCAUCUGCGAGGGUUUACGUUUGUUUCCGUAAAGAAUGACGAACACGUAUAGGGAUUCAGGCAGAGCAGGGCUGGAAAAUGCGGAGGAGUUUGUGGAUAUGUUGGAGAAAAGGAGGUGCAGCAGUGAUCUGGGCCAUGCCCUCAGGACGUACAGCCCCAGCCCUUACGAAGGAGCCCUGUCCUGCUCCACGGCUGACCUCAACAAAGCCGUGCUGGAGUCCCAGUAUCUACGCUACGUGACCAAGGAGAUCGCCACGGAGACGGGGUCAUCGGUAGAGGAUGUGAAACAGGAGGUUUGUAGAAUUUUGGAGGAAAUGUCUCAAAACCUUCAGCUGGGGUCCAUAAGGCUGAUGGCCUACACACUUACCAAGGUGUUAAAGAGACUCUUCACCGGCAUCUUUGUCAACAUGGAAGGACUCAACAUGCUCCAGCAAGCCAUUCAGGAGAGUCCUGUGAUCCUGAUGCCCAAUCACAGGAGUUAUGUGGACUUCCUGGUUAUCUCCUACAUCCUGUUCACCUACGACAUCCCAUUACCUGUUAUUGCUGCAGGAAUUCCUCUUGCAGGGAUGAAGAUGGUCGGAGAGAUACUGCGUCGUUCGGGGGCUUUCUUUAUCCGACGUGCCAUUGGCUCUGACAAACUGUACUGGGCAGUGCUGUCAGAAUAUGUCAAAACCAUUGUCAGGAAAGGAUUUGCUCCUCUGGAGUUUUAUGUGGAAGGCCUGCGGAGUCGCACACUGAAGUCCCAGCUUCCCAAGUUAGGCAUGAUGCACAUGGUGCUGGAGCCUUACUUUAAAGGCGAGGUGUAUGACAUCACAUUGGUUCCCAUCAGUAUCAGCUACGACCGAGUGCUGGAGGAGUCGCUGCUCGCCCACGAGUUACUGGGCAUCCCCAAACCCAAAGAAAGCACCACAGGUCUGCUGAAGGCUACCAAAGUGCUGCAGGAAGAUUACGGCAACAUGCAUGUGAACUUUGGCCGUCCCAUGUCAGUCCGACGUUUGUGUCAGGGCAAGAUAAACCGCGGCCAGUACAACCUCAUACCCAGAGAUCUUCCCCAGAAGCCCAGUGCCGAGACCCAGGCCUGUGUGAGUGGGCUGGCUAAUCUGAUGGUACGAAUCCAAGAGGAGGGCUCUCUGAUCAGCCCUUGGUCUCUGAUGGCGUGCCUGUUGCUCCAGGCUCCUACCACAGUCUUAACACAGGAGGGCCUGCUGUGGCAUCAGCUUACAGAAAAAACCCUCUGGCUCAGGAAGCUGGCGCUAGACUUUGGGGCUCGCCUGAACUGGCCUGGACAAGUCCCUGACCUGGAUGUGAUGUCCUCCACCGUCAGUCUCCAUCGAUCCGUAGUUCACCUCAAAGCAGGGCGUGUCUACCUGGUUCAGGAGGAAGAGCCGGCGAGGAAACAUCCAAUCAGCCCAGAGUUGGAUGUGAUCAGGGCGGCGGCGGCGGUGCUGAUGCUGGCUUCCUAUAGGAAUCAGUCUCUGCACAUUUUUGUGCGUCCCGCCAUGCUCGCAACGGCCAUACGCGUCACAAAGAGCGCACGGAGAGACGAGCUAUUCGCCUUCUUCUGUUUCCUUCGGGACAUCUUCUCCAACGAAUUCAUCUUCAUCCCUGGAAAGUCGUCUCAGGACUUUGAGGAGGCAUGCUUCCUCCUGAACAAAUGUGGAGCAGUCGACAUCAGUCAACAGGAAGUGAUAGUGUCAGACGCACGGCUGGAGGUGUUAUCCUUCCUGCAGGCCCUUCUACAACCCUUCAUACACUCUUACCAGGUGAUGUUCAGGUACCUCUGUGAAGACGGAGUUAACGUGUUCACCGAGAAACAGGUCCUUCCUGCUGUGCGAAACCUGGCUACAAAGCUCAUCCUCUCAGGGGAGCUUCACACCUAUGAAGCCCUGUCGUCCGACACGCAAAAGAACAUUUUGUCGGCUCUGCAGAGACUGGAGACGGUGACAAAGUUGAGGGAGUCUGAGCAGAAUGAAUACAGAGUGAACAAAGCAGCUGUCAGAAGAAUCGGUGACAUACUUUCUGGGGAAAUCUCUCCCCAGAUGCUCCAGACUGCACCUGAUGCUAAACUUUAGCCUCCAUUGGACGAGAUCCAUCUUCAGUAUCAGCUCACAGUCCUUUUAACGUCAACUUGACCCUUUCCACUUCGUCUUCCCUCCGUGCCUUUAUGCAGCUGUCGGGAGAAUCGCUGCACCAUAACUCAGACAAAAUACUUAAUGUCCUGGAUGCCAGUGGCCAGACUUAACCUGGCGGCGUUCCGCUCUUGAACGUUUGCUACCUCCCCCCUCUCUGUGUCCCUGUUCUCAUCUCUGACAGGACUGAGAUAAAGCUACAAAGACCUGAUAUGGUGACCCAAGGGCGGCAGUAUUGCUGAUUUUGUCUGAUAUGUAUAAUCAGAAUUAGUUGAUUAAGGAAGGCGUACGUAUGAUGCACUAGUGAUACCUGUGGAUCAAGAUACUGAACUAAACGUGUAUUUUAAUCAGUUGCAAUGUGUUAGUAUGUGUUUUGUAAUGUAGAUAUAUUGCUGAUUGACAAGGCUGGCAUGUCUAAUGAACAAUAGAACACUUUAAAAAAAACAUGAUUGCUGGCAAAGUAAGUGCAAUUAGAUAGUAAACACUGAUUCAUGACACUUGAUUGUACAAUGUACCAAUAAACCUCUAAAUACCAUAAUAAUGUCAAAUACCAUAACCCAUCAA